AUGUUCGGAUCGAAUCAGGCGCCACCUCCGACUACGUUCGGAUCGAAUCAGGCGCCACUUCCGACUACGUUCGGAUCGAACCAGACACCAGCUACAGCCGCGCCGAUAUCUAACGGCGCGUCAGCCUCACUGUCAUCGAGUAUCGAGCAGAAGCUCGAUGACAUCGACCAACGCAAUUUCGAAAGGAACGCUCUGACUUUCGAAAACAUGAAAUCAUACGUGCACGCAGCGACAAGCUCCGCACCCGACAUCGACUUAGUAAUCAGAGAAACCCGUUCCACUCCCUUCACCAAGAAAAUAGCUCACGCUAGGUUAAGGGAUGCCGGAAAGAUUAAAUUUCCCGAAUACUCCGGUAAUAGCGACCCUCGAGCACAUGUUCGAUCCUUUAUGUUAGCAAUAACUAAAGCGCAUCUCUCAGCCGAGGAAGAAGAAGCAUGUCACUGCAAAUUCUUCGUAGAAAACCUCACCGGCUCGGCCUUGGAAUGGUUCUCGAGCCUCGAACCCGGAUCCAUAGAUAAUUUUACCCAGCUUGUCUCCGUAUUUCUGAAACAAUAUUCAGUAUUUAUCGCGACUCAAGCUACGAAAGCCGACCUAUGGACCCUAACGCAAGGUCAAGGCGAACCACUUCGCAGUUAUAUAGACCGCUUCAAACAAAUUAAAGCACAGAUUCCCAACCUUAACGAAACCGUAGCUCUCCGAGCUCUGACAUACGGACUGUGGUUCUCUUCUAAAUUUAAGGAAGAAUUACAACUCAGACACAAUUCAGGUCUAGACGAUGCUCUGCAUAAAGCCAAUGCAUUUGCACGAGCAAGAAUACAAAAUAUUUGA